CAGACAAACUGGUACAUCCAGGAAAGUUUUAAGGCAUGGCAGGAACUAGAUAUAUAAAAGUUAUAUGAAGUCUACGUUUCAGAAAAUUAAAAACUUACCUGGAUUUUGAUGUCCAUUUUUUUCCAGUCUGCAGAAGAUAGCAAAAUAAACAAACACCCGAGUUUCAUUUGAUACGGUCCACUCAGUUACACAGUUUAAACCUGUUAAAUCACCUAUUGUUUACAGGUGUCUAUUGUCCAUCUAUUGUCCAUUUAAAUCAAUAUUACUCACAACAUUGAUUAUAUGAGGGGAGCUUCUCAAUCGUUUUCACUACUUAGUUAAUUUUUGCACCUUCUGCAGGAACGAAAAAAAAUGGAUAGCAAAAUCUAGAAAAGUUUAUAAUUUUCUGAAACAUAAAAUGCAUUUAAAAUUUAUAUAUCUAGUUCCUGCCAUCCCUUAAAACUGUUGCAGGUGUAUAGGUUAGUCUGUACUCAGAGUAAAAUUUGGGGUGUAAAUACGGCCAUUUUAGCCAAAAAGGUUAUGAUGAACCUUAACGACUGGAACAAACUACCAGAUAACAUUAAAUGAUAAUCUUUAACUGACAGUAAACAUGGCAGAAAGUAAAGAUUUUAUUAACUGGAUGUCAAAAUUACCAGAGCAUUUACAUACGGUUCCACUCAACCAGUUGGCUAUUCCAGGCAGCCAUAAUUCCUUUUCAUAUGAUUUGGAUACCACCUCAGAGAUAGGACCAGACAAGGCUGAUAUUAGACCAUUCAUUUCUAUGUUUGGAGAUAUGGGGAAAUCUGUGAUGAAAGAAUGGUCGGUCACCCAGUACUUGACAUUCCGACAACAAUUAGAACAUGGUGUUAGAUACUUUGAUUUAAGAGUAGCAUCUAGAAAGGAUAAAGAAGGCAUAUUCUUUUUGCAUUCCUUAUAUGGCAUGCCAGUAGCGUCGGGGUUAGAUGAAAUAAAAUCUUUUCUGGAUGAACAUCCAAAAGAAAUUGUAAUAUUGGAUUUUAAUCAUCUCUUUGAUAUGACUAAAAAUCACCAUGAAAAACUAUUAGAUUUGAUUUUAAAAACAUUUGAAAGUAAAAUGUGUCCACAUUUAGACAUGGAUAGUGUUAAUUUAUCUAUGAUGUGGGAACAGGGUUUACAAGUGAUUGUUUUCUAUCACAAUGAUGUAAUCAAAGGCAAUAUGAUGUUUUGGCCAAACACUAUGAUAAAAGCUCCAUGGGCUAAUACUACAAAUGUGCAAGAUCUUAUUACUUUCCUCGAGUCCAAUUAUAAGUCGAGUAAAACGACAGACAUGUUUGUCGUGACACAAGGAGUUUUAACACCAGGGGCUGGUACCAUCAUGGCACAUUUAAAUAGCAGUUUACACAAUGUUCUUGCUGAGAAAGUUGCUCCUCGAGUUGUUUUGUGGUUGAAAGAAAAACAGACUGGCGUUCAUGGGAUCAAUAUAUGUAUGAUUGAUUUUGUAGAAAAAGCAAACUUUAUUCCAAAUGUAUUGAAACUGAAUAAAUAAUGUUGUAAUGAAUGUUUUAUUCAAAAUGUAUCUUCUUUCAAAAGUUUCAAUAUUGAACAUAUAUAUGACAUUAUUGUAGUAAUAAACAUUUUUUUUUGGUAAAUUUAUCGUCACUCAAAUCUACUAUUAUUUGGGUUUUUUUACACUGUGGAUUCAUCAUUAUUCUUCAUGAUUCUUGUGAUAUCAAUUUGCGUGGAUUUUGUAGAUUAUUCAAGGCAAACCAUGAAUUUAAAUGUUCAACCAAGUAAAAAACUUUUUUAGGCUUGAAGGAAAACAUAAAAAAACACAAAAAUCAAAUGGCCAGCAAAAUACAAUUUUUUCCUCAAUCAACAAAAUAAAUUAAUCCACAUUAGUAUACAACAACAUUUUAAAGGGAGGUAAAAGAUGUGGGUUAUAUCAGUCUAUGUAUUGAAAAAUUGUUGAUGAAAUAGAUGUUUAUUAUUAUAGGUCAUUUAUACUUCAAUUCAUAAAAAUUGUGAACAAUUUGUUACAUAU